CGAGGUCUGGCAGCAGUCAGUCUGUGGUAUGGGCGACCGAGAACACUGCCGAGGGCUGCUCAUGGUAUGAUUCCCCCCAUAGACAUGGACAAAAACGAGACCUACCACCUCUACGGUGCGUACUUCGCGCCAUUAAGAUCAAGCGAUGCCGUAGAGAUGCUGGGCGAGGGUCUGACGGGCGAGGACCUGGCGCAGGUGCCGGAACACUGGCUGUCGUACCCGGCGCCGCCCGCCAGCGCGCACACGGCCCUCGCGCUGCUAUACACGUUCUUCACCGCAGCUGCACUUAUCGGGAACGGCCUUGUCAUAUUUAUUUUUGCCACAACAAAGAGUCUCCGAACCUCGAGCAACCUUUUAAUUCUACAACUAGCAAUAUUAGACUUUAUAAUGAUGGCAAAAGCACCGAUCUUCAUCUACAACAGUAUAAUGCGCGGUUUUGCGACGGGCGCCCUGGGCUGCAAGAUAUUCGCCCUAAUGGGCUCCUACAGCGGCAUCGGUGCUGGCAUGACCAACGCUUGCAUCGCGUACGACAGGCAUUCCACAAUAACCCGUCCUCUAGACGGGCGGCUGUCGCAGGGUAAGGCGAUCCUGAUGGUCGCGUGUAUAUGGAUCUACGCGACGCCGUGGUCCUUGAUGCCACUGUUCGAAGUAUGGGGACGAUACGUACCAGAGGGUUACUUGACGUCGUGCACGUUCGACUACCUGAGCAACACGUUCGACACGAAGCUGUUCGUGGGGUGCAUCUUUCUGUGCAGCUACGUGUUCCCCAUGACCAUGAUCAUAUACUUCUACAGUGGCAUCGUGCGACAGGUCUUCGCGCACGAGGCUGCGCUGAGGGAACAAGCGAAGAAAAUGAACGUGGACUCUCUGCGCUCGAACCAGAACGCGGGCGCGGAGUCCGCCGAGAUCAGGAUAGCGAAGGCGGCGCUCACCGUCUGCUUCCUGUUCGUCGCCUCGUGGACACCCUACGGCGUCAUGGCGCUGAUAGGGGCCUUCGGAGACCAGAACUUGUUGACACCUGGGGUGACGAUGAUACCUGCUGUGACGUGCAAAGCCGUGGCGUGUAUCGAUCCGUGGGUAUACGCAAUCAGUCACCCUAAAUAUAGGCAAGAACUACAACGCCGUAUGCCGUGGCUGCAAAUAAACGAGCCCAGCGACACCGCCUCCACCGGCACUACCGGUACUACGAACUCCGCCGCCCCCGCCUCCGCCUAGACUAUAAUCACAUAGCCUAGACUAUAACGGCAUCGCCUAUAACGACGACAACGCUUACGCUACGGCUAUAACGAUGACGACGCUCAGACUAACGAUGUCUCUCUCAAACGACUCGGCUAGAUCAUGGACUUAAAUUAUUAUGAACGAAAAUUUAGAGUAGAACUGCAAAAUAACGUGAGAAAACGCGUUCUUAAAGUAAUAAAAAAAUAUUUUUUGUGUAAACUUAAGCUCAAAUGUUAUUCGCAUUUUGUACUUGUGUCAACACACGACUCGGCUUGAUGACGGACUCGAUACUGCUACACAUGAUGUAAUGUGGAACGAAAUGUUCUGAAUUAUGAAUUAUAAUAAUGAAACAAUAAAGAAGCAUACUAUGAAA